CUCGCUCCGUGGGGUGGGCGCCCGCCGAAGGGCGCAGUUGCAAAAAGGCAGAUAAAGUACACAGCAGCAGCCAGGCUUCCAGUGUUAGAGGGGUGAGAGAUAUAAAUUGAGGGGGUGAAUUGGAGUCGCAGCAGCAGAGCGGAGCAGAGAGAGCGGAACAGCUUGGCGAGAGGGGCAUCUCGCACACGGGCCGGGUCACCCCUUCUUGCAGUUGCCUGGGGUCACUUUUGAGCUCGACACACAAACACCCGCCGCCGCCGCUUCACCUGCUCCACUGCACCAACCACACCGCCAAAGUGCUCUUUAUUGACGACCUCCGCAUCUCCAGUAUCCGACGCUUGAACGGCGGCAAAAUCGAUGGAAAUAGGUCCUAAAGGCAACCGCCGAGGGAAAUAAAAAUGGAGACGGCCACGUCAAAGAGAUACUUCGACGCAGAUCCACUCGGCCACAGAUACGAGGCGCACAUCGACGUGGGCACUCAGGCUGACAUUCGACCGCCGCGGCCCGACGUGAACGCCAGUUACUCCGACGACGAGUACUCAUCCCACGGCAGGAGCAGGGUUGUGAGCGGACUAUGGGAUUCUGGCCGGCGCUAUCUGUCUCGGGUGACCUCGACCCGUUCGACGGGGCAGCAACACUACUCGCGUCAGGACUUCAUGGAGCAGUACUGCGUCACUCCUCAUCAGCUGAAAGCCCUCGACAAGAUCGCUAAUGCCGUCAACAACCACCAGGGAGGAGGAUUAUUUGGCUGCCUUUCCAGCAAUCAACAGGGAUCAGUAUGCAGCAGGUCGUCGUUGCUGUCGCUGUGCGUGGGUCGUCAGAGCAACGGUGCCGAGGAAAUGGCCCAGUACUGGCCCCAGAAGCCGCUGCGAGCCUCCGAUCUGCCCCCCGCUCCCCCUCCUCCCGCCAACCAGGCUGGACGCGGUGGACGAGGCCGGUACCAGUGGGUACCAGAACAAGCCGACGAAGCCUACCUCAGUUUGGAACGCCCACGACCGAUUCCCAUCGCUGGAUUUCCGACGCAGGACUUCCAAAAGCCAGGCGAGGGCAGCGGCGGUCGACUCAUAGGGCAAGGCAACAUGAAAAUCACCGAGGAGCAGAUUAGACAGGCGCAGGCCAGAAUGCGUGGCUUCAACCACACAGAGCCCAACACGCCGCUCAGCUCGAGGAAAGGACACGCGCUGGACAUUGAUGAGAGGAGAGGGAGCAAACACGUCAGUUUCAUGGAGCACAGGAGUGGUCUAGUCCGUUCGCAAACUACCUCCAGCUUCGAAGAGUCUUCCGCGUCCGCCAGGUGGAGAUUGGCUAAGAGUCAGGAGCGUCUUCUGGACGGGCCGAUGAUCAAACCGAAAAAGGCGUCGGUUCACUGCUUCACGCACGAGGAGGAGUCACCGGCCAAAAAGACUGUGAUCAUGGAGAAGCUGAAGAGGGCGACCAUGAAGACCCAGGCCACCCAGACGGAGCUGCCACUGCCAGCCGUGGUGCAGAAGCCGCCCAGAGAAAAACGACACCACCACCAUCACCACCACCAGCACGGCUAUUUGUCACUCAGCCCUCGCUCCAUGCACAAAUCAACGCAAGCCCAGCGAACGAGAACGCCAAAGAGCUACUCUGCCUCGUGCGGUGGCAGCACGGCCGCUCAGUCGCAAGCGUCCGACAUAUCUUGUAUAUCUGGCAGCACUUCAGGCUGGGAGCAAAUUCAAGACAGCGCUGACGACGACGAGCACGUGUUUAAAGAGCGGCCCUACAUGCAGAGAUCGCAGUCGGCGCAGCCGUCCAUGAGGCACAAGAGCCUCGAGAAGAGGGACUUGUCACCGCGCUACAAAGAGAUUUUCAUAGAUUUUGAGCCCAACCCCAACAAGGUUUCGCCCCAGCCAUCGCCAAAGGCCAAAAGACCCCUGCACAAAACUUUGUCCGAAGGCGAGAUUUUGCUCGAGAGAAGACGGAUCCAACAUUCUGAUUACAUUGACAGGCAAUGUGAGUCUUCGGCAACGGUGGAGGACGCAGAACUGUAUGGGCGGCAUUUUGAUCCGACCUCCCCUGAAGGUUCACCGCCCCUGGCACUUGCAAAGAAAUCUUCCGAAGGCACUGAUGGCACCAAUGGCAGUAUGUUUAGUUCGUCCUCUUUAUUGGACGAAGAAGAGUUUCACGAAAACAUUCUGUUACGUGAGGGGCUUUUUGGAAAACGAAGACUUUCCCUCGAUGGCCGAUCAAUAGGUCGUUCUGAAGAUUCAGAGUUCUCCGACGAUAAAGGAGUUGAAGAAGGCGAAAGAAGACCACAAAGUCAGCCAGCAACUGUGAUAAACACCUCAGGUUUGCUACUUCUGCCAGACACAAGUAAGCAAACUGGAGGCUCUUCCUGUGACUCGCUGUCAGUCAGUGGCUAUACAGGCAGCCAGCAAAACACUUGGCGGGAAUCGCAAGCGACCGUCAUCGGAGUCAACAACUCGGACCCAGAAACGAUGGGCAGCAUGUCAGAAAUGUCAAAUGGUACCAUUCAAAAGCGCGGUAUUUUGGUCGUCAGCCAGCAGCCAGAUUUGGUCGAAGAGGACAGGAUCGCAAAAAGUAUUUCAGAAAGCAGGAAAUCUCCGUCACCGCAGCCACCCAAAACAGUUUCCUCGCCAUAUUCAAAUAAAGCAUCGCCACGUCACUCUCCGUCUCUCUUAAGACCUUCAACCGCGUGUUUAGACGUUUCAGAGACUUCUGAAGAUUAUAUCACAGCCACAGACAAUUCCGGCGCGACCGACUCCAGCUCAAGGUUGCAGAGGCCUGAUGGACAGCAUGAACCCUCAGGAACCUCUUCAAGCAACCUGGGUGAGGGGGGAAGCUCUUUUGAAAGUGCAUCAUCGAUGCAGAGCAAAGAUGAGGAGCAGGUGCCGUUGGCUGAGCCUGUUGGCGGUGAUUCCACGCCGACCCCUCGGCCUGAUCUGAUUGAGGGUACGCCUAAAGCGCCGGCCGAGACUGCCUCGCCAAGUUCACCUAGCGCAGAGAGUAGUAGCAGCCAAGGAAGUUACAGUCUGCAAGGAAGUUCGGCGGCUGAUGCUGACCAAGCCCAUUCCUCACCUCAGACCAGCGCAAAAUCUAAACAAAAACCACCACUUGACGUUUCAGCUGUUGACCAACAGCCCACGCUCCAGCAAGUGGCCCAGCCGCCAGCUCCGUGGGGAGAAGAAGAGCGAACAAAGGCCAAACGUGGCUUCAAGCUAGACUUGCCGAACACCCCAUCCCCCUCUAAAAAUGAAGCUGGCAUUCCUGUGACAAAGCCGCCCCGCAGGAAACAACACAGACACGGUGCCGUUGAGCAAGGGGACGCUUCCACCCCAGGCAUGGUCAGAUCGCCAGCAAUGCACCAAGGCUUCCGAGCCGAGGACUGGGUCGUCCAAAGAGCGUCUCCAGUCACGUCCCUUCCGACGCCUUCCGCCUCCAAUAUUCCUCCAUCGGAGAGAAUUUCGCCUCAGACUGCAUCUAUGGCUGUGUCACCGAGCAGCAGGCGGCUGCAAGCGAUGCGACACGACUCGUCCAGUAGCACUGACGAGGAAGUAAGGCAUCGCACGCCGAGCCCCUCCGCUCGCAGUCCUACAAACUGCAAAACGCUUCCCAGAGCCAGUCCCAGGAGACGGCCUGCAAGGAGUCCGACUGCUAGUCUCCAGAGACCAAUUCGUAGAAAAAGUGUUUCUGAGGAAAUGAAAGGAAUGAGUACAUCUCAGACCGCUCUGCCAGCAAUCACUCACACUGCCAGUUCUGUCAGGAGAAAAUCGGCUCCCAAAAUCUGCUCACCGGUGAAAGUGAUUUUCAUCUCAGGUCCUGACGGAAAAAUCGUGCCUCCUGAAAAGUUGCUCUCACCACAUCCGCACCUCAAGUUCCACAGCCUGGGCAGAAAAUCCGGCUCGAACAAAGCCAGCCCUGUUCACAUCGUGAAGGCAGCUGUCAGCGCGGAAAGCUUGCGUUCCGUCAGCCCAGGAAGUGACUCUGUGUUUUACGAUCCACAGCUCUCUGGUUCCCCGUCAACCGCGGCAGGAACAGACACAUCGCCCCAGCCCGCACAAGCUGAGGCCCCUGCAAAUGGAAACGCUUUCAUUGUCAAACCACCUGAAGGUUUUGGUGACUCCCCUGAAGGCCCUAAGAAGCCAAGCGGAAGACUGUAUAAGAAACUUGAAAAGAGACGGUUUAAAUCUGAAGAGCGUGGUUCUUGCGGUCACCAGCACAAGGAGGGGACUGGAACCCACCCCCGCAGACACCAGCACAGGGCAUGCAAACACGUAACGGCCAGGGCGAAGUCGGAGGAGCGGCGGGGGGAGAAGGGGGAAAAUACAAAAGUGGCGUCAUCAAGAUCGGCCAACUCGAGUUUGGAACUUUUACGCGCUGCAGGCAGUUCGCCCAACAUGCAGACCGAGAAUCCUGACGAGAUAGGCGUGAUUUAUGGCUCCUUUCGCUCCACCUUUUGGCUCUACAUUUCGCCCAGGGACGAGAAACUCGUUUGGAAGAAGCCUUUACCUGUUACGCCAGUCGGAUCACCGCCAACGUCCCCAGACGGCUCAACUUGCAGCGAGAGAGACUUCCGGCGCCGCUAUCAGGCUGUGACUCACAGGAUGGUUCAUCGACGGGCCAGUGCUGAGAUGUUUGAACGACUUGCAGCUAGAACGUUUGAGACUGAGCAAACGGUGACCGUGCGGAAAGGCGAUGGCGAAUUUGGUUUCCGCAUCCACGGCUCGCGUCCCGUGGUGGUCUCGGCCAUCGAGCCUGCCACGCCGGCCGAGAGCUCUGGCCUGGAGGUCGGCGAUAUUGUCAUCAGCGUGAAUGGGGUCAAUGUGCUGGACGCCUCGCAUUCAGAGGUGGUUAAAAUCGCGCAUGCAGCUGGUAGGAUUCGAAUGAUUUUAGGUUCGGAAGUGCUGCAAUUGGAAGUGGCGCGCACAAGGCAUCUAAUUAGCCCUGACGACAGCGACUCCCCCGAGUGCGUUGCAGGGGUGGAGAGGUGCGGACACCUCGUAAAGAAGACACCGACCGCUGGGCAGUGGGUUCACAGGUGGUUCGUUUUGCGCGCUGAUGGAUGCCUCUACUACUACAAAACGCCGUCAUUGGAGAGUAGGCCGCUGGGCGCAAUUCUGGUUUCGCAAUACACCGUGUCGGCGCCAGAGCCCGCCGCUGUUGGCGACGGAUCCAGUGAACCACGUUGGCUCAUCCGCCUGCUCAAGGACGGCGCCUUGGCCAUGACUCUCGGCGCCGACAGCCAGGCCGAGCGCGAUCAAUGGCUUUCCAGCCUCUACACGGCAGCCACGACCCCAAUCAAGUGGGAGGAUCGAUUAGUGAAUAGGGGCACUUUGGCUCUGGGCCCGUCAGAGAUUAUCAAUCCUGACUGCUUUGGCUUCCUCAACAAGCUGGGAAGGCGUUGGAGAAAUUGGAAUCGCCUCUACUGCGUGCUGAAAGACGCAUGUCUCUUUCUUUUUCCGUCAUCAGACUCUCCCAGAGCUUCAGGUUUAUUGUGUCUACACGGGUAUCGAGUGCAAACAGCAAGCGCAGGUGGGAAGCGCUUUGCUUUUGAUCUUUUAGCGCCGGAAUCGAAGCAGAAACAUUUUUACUUUCACACAGACACGGAACUGGACAAAAAGAGGUGGAUGGCUGCUCUGGAGUACAGCAUUGACAGAUGGCUGAAAAUCGCUUAAACCGCGCCAAACCAGCCUUUUUGAUCACUCAAAAGUCUCGGAGCUAUUUAUACUUAUACACAUGCUCUGAUCUGCAUUGUAUAAAAUGCAAAAUGUUUAAUCAAAAUCCAGGUAAUCCAUGCAGUUGUAAUGCAUUACCGUGUAAAAGAAAGAAAGAAAGUUGAACGUGACUUGUGUUAUUGUAAAAUUGGGAAAAAACGUAUUACAAAAAAUGAAUAGGCUCCUGCAGGAGGUUUCCUUUUUAAAAAUAUGUGGAAUUCCUGUUUUAUGGCCUUUGAGCGAAUUUAUGGCUACAUUGCUAAUUAUUCACAGAGCGCAUUGUUUCUAAAAUUAAACUGUAUUUAAAAAGCCAACUAACUAGAGCACUGGGAAAAUCGUUAUUCAAAAUCACCAUUUUAAAACAAUGAUAGACCGUAGCCGUACUAAAGUAUGUAUUUUUAUGUGCCCCUCUCCGCUGCUAAAAUCACCUAGCACUAAACAUGCGAUGCCUAUAAAAAUGAAUUUUAAGACCUGUAUGUAUAGAUUUUUAAAAAUUGUUUCUUUUUCUCGUGAAUCUUGAUUCAUUAUCAUAGCUUUUUUAACUUAUAGUUAGUCUUAAUGCUUGAGCUUUUUUCUUUACACAAACAUAAUUUCGCACAACAUUUUUGAAACAAAUUUAUUUCAAUCGAUUUUUAAAGUGUCUUGAUAAUAAACGAAAAUGAUAAUAAACGUGAUGUGUACACAAAGAAUGUGAUAAAACUUUAGGGCUCAAAGUGAACUAUUGAUAAAUGUGCAUAUCUCUAGUGAGAUGGUGAGUUUGUAUAACGACCCUGGGGCCCAGAAUAAAAGUAAGGAAAACGCCGCUGAAACAACGCCAAAAAUCCGGAUAACUUUGUCCACUCUACUACUUUAGGUAGGAACCAGGUGGUUAAUCCUUGAUGCGGGUAUAUCAAACAACACACUGCAUAUUUAAACAGACAAGCAAAGACUUAAAUAUAAAUCCAUUUUAAAGUAAAUUUACGAAGAGGAUAAGAGAGCUGGUGCCAAAAUAAAGUUAAUACUUCUGGAGAGAAUUAUGAAAGGGAGGAAAAUCUUUGGCCUUGGCGUUUACAGCAAAUUAAAAUAUGCACUAAACUGCCAAAAAUUCAUAUACCCGAAAAAUAUAGAGAUUUGUUUGAUGUGUACUCAUAUGGAUAAAAAUUUCAAAAAUAUAUAAGCACAAAUUUUUCCAAAGCGGUAAUUCGUUAUAGCAAAAGUGUUUUACAGUUUUGAAUCAUAAAAAAUAUUGUGAGAAUAUGGUGAUGUUAGAAUGUUGGCAGCUGUACAUUUUACAAAAAGGAAAACGCAUUCCUUAAGAGAAAAAUGAAAAACAUGUAAUUUAUUACGCGCUAAGAAUCAGUGGCGUAACUCUAUAUAGAAGAAGUUAUAGUGCAAGUUCUUCCAUCUCUGAAGAAAAGCUCUUUGAUGGAGUGUAAUAUAUUUUAUGUGAGGUGGAAUUAAAAACUUCCUGGUGCGUUUAAUCCGUUUAACGAUGCAAACCACGGAUCCUAUAGCAUAUUGUCUAAAAGUUUUGUGCGCGAGUUACACGAAGAAUGUAUAUCGGCUUUGCUUUCUGCAUCACUAAACUCUUUCCUUAUUAUUCUUCUUGCGGGCAAAAGCAGCAGAAAAAUAAAAAGGAAACUAUGUGUUCCUUGCCCACUGGCGACGAAAAGCCGGCGAAAUUUCUGUUUGAAGUUACGCCACUGACUCUUUGUUGGGAUAACCCAACAAUGAUGUUGCUUUGUAAUUUUGGGAAUUUUACCGACCGCUUUGACAUGUUGAAAAUACGAACAUGUGAACACUUGUUUGGUGUUUUCACAAGCGUUGUGGAUUUAAUUGGAUUUCAUUGAGAAGAUCAAAAGGAUUGAAUAUUUACGGUUGAUAAUACAAUGUUGUGCAUGUAAUUCAGAGGAAUAAAAAUUCAUUGAUAUAGC